CCUCUUUCUCCCGCCGGUAAAGGCACACACAACCCCUCCUCUUUUUGCUGCCGGUCCUCCAAACCUCCCGUAUUAUCUGCCUAGGUUCGGCAGCUCUCUUUCGGCUGCCCCCUCUCUGCCUCUGUAAUCUAUAUCUCCUUAUAUUUCUGAUAAUUUUGUAUUGGCGAGCGCCUUGAUUCGCUCGGGCGUUGGGCGUUUUGAAACCUUGUUUUUUUUACAACACUGGAUCUCUUCCCCUCGCCUGGUCCCUCGUUCCCUCUCCACCUUGACGCUGCUUGACUUCCUCCUGAGACAGCCACCUCCAUCGCGCACUCGGACAGGGGUCCUCCGCCCGUGCCAUCAACCGUUCUUCUCCGUCUCCUUCUCCCUCGCAUCGGCAAGAUCUUCCUUUCUCUCCUCUGGGUUGCACGCAGCCCCCUUGUGCUUCCCAAUCCUUUGGCCUCUAUAUGUCAGAGGCAUACUUGUUAUGCUCAUGAAUUACUAGUUAUUGCAUGAAAAUUGCAUUCUUUUCCUGGCGAUUACACCCUAUGACAAAAUCUCUGUCUCUGUAUCCCUGUAUUUUAACUUCUUGUAGAUGGCGAGGCAUGCACUCAAUGGCUUCAUGAUUAUACUGUGUUGGGAGACUUUGAUGGUUCUCAUGUUGUUUGUUGCUUAACUUUUAGAAGCGUCUUUUUUUGGGUUCCUAGCUUGGUAUGAAUUUGUUCUUUGUAUCUUGUUCCAAAAUCAAUCUUUUGGAAGGAAAAACUACGAGAAACUAAAAUGAUUAAACAAUUAUGCUAUAAAGCUGCCGAACAAUUGCAAAACCCACUUUGUUUUCUGAUUCAGCAGCGAGGGAUUCACAGCCGGAACAAGAAAGCCAUGGAACUAGUGGCAAAAGGUUGGAGUGCACUACAGGAAGUUGAUAGGGUCAUUGACUAUGCUGAUCGCAAUGACCAUCGUCUCAUCCCACUCCUUAGAGGCGCAAAGGAAAAUUUUGAGUUGGCGCUCGAAAUUGACAAUAUGAACACUCAUGCAAGAUACUGGUUGGGCAGGAUGCAUCUCAAGUAUCAUGUUCCCGGGGCUUGUAAAGCGAUUGGAGCAGCCUUAUUGGUGGAGGCUGCAAACAUGGGUGAUCCAGAUGCACAAUACGAACUUGGUUGCCGUCUCCGAGUUGAGAAUGACCAUGUUCAGUCAGAUCAACAAGCUUUCUAUUAUAUCGAAAAGGCUGUUGGCCAGUUGCAUCCACGUGCUCUCUAUCUUCUAGGAGCUGUAUAUUUAGCUGGGGACUGUGUGAAGAAAGAUGUUGCUUCAGCUAUAUGGUGCUUCCACAGAGCAUCAGAGAAAGGUCAUGCUGGAGCAGCAAUUGCUUAUGGAUCACUUUUGCUGCAAGGUUAUGAAGUGCCAGAGGUUAUAACCAGGUUUAACUCUGAUAGGAGCCCAUCUACCGGUGCACUGAGGAAGAAAGGGAAGAAAGUUAGGCAGGACCCUUUGGUGAUGGCAAAGGAACAGUUUCAAAUUGCAGCUGAUGCUGGUUGUGAUCUUGGUCUGCGGUGGCUGAAAACGAUUUCUGAUGAUGAGAAGUUACAGCAGCAGACAACCCAGUGAAGUCUCUAUUCAUACCAAUGACUCUAGCAGUCUAUACUUGUAUCCUAGCGCAGCAACCAACUGAAAAUGUUUAAAUGGGUAAUAAUUUGGUUGGGCAUUGUCUUAUCUUUUUGGUUAAUAUGUCUACCAAACUCAAAUGAUUAGAUUAUACCUCAUCCUUUUGCAUACAAUGUAGCCCCAAUGUCUGUAUUAUUUUUGUGGUAAAGACACGUAUUUGGUUUUAUAA